AUGUCUCGCUUCUUAGACAGCAUUUCCACCAUCAUCACUGUCUUCCACCAACAUGCAAAGGAAGAUGGGGUCAGCUCCACCCUGAGCCGGAGGAAGAUGAAGGAGUUCAUCCAGAAGGAGUUUGCAGAUGUCCUUGCUAAGCCACACGACCCUCAGACCAUCGACAAGAUCCUGCAGUUCCUGGAGUGGGACGGGGAUGGGGAGAUAGAUUUCAACGAGUUCCUCCUGCUGGUGUUCAGGGUGGCCAAGGCCUGUUACUGGUACCUGCCGCAGGCACCAUACCUGCUGCAGAGAACCAAGCUCACGACCGGUGGCAAGUCACUCCCAGAGCCAGAAACGAAGAGCAGAGGGAGCCGCCGGCAGCUCCGGGAGGAGGAACAAGAACCCUGUGAAAGGAAUCAUCCCCCUCCACGUGAACAACGAGAGUCCAGGCUCAGCGAGCUGGAAAGGCUGGAGGAAACUGUGAGGGAUGAGCAGCAACGAAACCAAGGGAGCAGAACGGAUGCCAAGAGACGCAGUGAGCAGAUCCCUCAGGGCUACGGGGAACGACGCCAAGAGCCUUCCGAGCAACGGAGCAGCCAGAGAAGACGUCAGGCACUGGAGGCAGACGGAGAAGAGGAGGUAGAACUCACCAGGCGUGGCAGAGGCCAAGCACGAGAGAGGGAGGACCAGGAGAGGUCUGAGCAGGAGCAAGUGGCAGACGUGAGGGUUCGCUGGGAAGCCGAGGCACUGCCGAACCGGUGGAGUCGCCGUCGGCCAGAGGAGGCUGCAGGAGCAGAGCGUGAUCAAAGCAACCAGAGGCCACGAGAGGCAGAUAGAGGACGUGACAACCAGCCACGCAGACCUGAAUCACUCCGGGAAGAGAGAAGCCGCUACCGCCAGC